AUGUUGCUGCCGCUGCCUUUGCUGGGCGCGAUGUGGCUACGGGGCCUCAUGGAGGAAGCCUGGAGCAGCAGCAGCAGCAGCAGGCGGGGUGGCAGGUGCUGCUCGCAGCGCCGGCUCCCCAGCCGCUGCAGCAGCAGCAGCAGCAGCCGCAGCAGCAGCAGCAGCAGCAGCAGCGGCCGCGCCUCGGGGAAGCCCGCCCUGCUGGGGAUCGUGUUGGCCCUGGGGAUCGUCUCCCUCUCGAGUGUCUCCUCUGCUGCAGCAGAUGAGGGUUUCUUCUUUGCUGCUCCCUGGCCAAGCCAGACGCUGCAGCAGCUGCAGGGGGCCCUCAGCAGCAGCCACUUGGGGGCUUUGUUCGGCAAAAUGCAGGCCAAGCCAGCAGCACCAGCAGCAGCAGCAGCAGCAGCAGCAAACGAGCCCCCGAGGGAGGCCAGCCGGGGGCCCUUUGCCCCUGCUGCUGCUGCUCCUUUUGUCUCUGUGCAUGCAGCCCCCCAAGAGCCCCCCCUGCAGCAGCUGCAGCAGCUGCAGCAGCUGCAGCAGCUGCAGACGGUCAUGCUGCAGCCACUGCAGCCGCUGCAGCCGCUGCAGCGGCGGCCACUGCCGCAGCAGGUCCCGCACCCGCUGGUGCCGCAGCCGCUGCUGCAGCAGCAGCAGCAGCAGCAGCUGCCGUUCGGGCCCCACAUGCUCGGACAAACCAAGGUUGCCCGUGCUGCAGCAGCAGCAGAAGCUGCUGUUCAGGAGCUGCGGCUGCUGCGCGACUCUGUGAGGGACUUUAUGGCUUCUCUGGAGCAGCAGGUUUCCCUGCGCCUGCAGGGCCAGCACGAGCUGCAGCAGCAGCAGCAGCAGCUGCUGCUGCUGCAGCAGUGGGAACCCCAUGAGUGCCUGCGGCCUUAUGCGUUUGCUGCUGCUGUUUCCCGCUCGCUGCAGCAGCAGCAGGUGGAAGCAGCGCUGGGGGCGCUUCGCGAGGCACUCAAGGAGGCCUCUGCACAAGUGAUGGACAGCGAGCAGCAGCAGCAGCAGCAGCAGCAGCAGCAGCAGCAGCAGCAGCCUGAGGCCUCCUGGGAAGGGUCUUCAUUUCUAAGUGACCUUUCAGGCUCUUCUGUGUCUUGGAGCUCUUCGGAGGGGGGCGGCGGGGGUGCUGACGAGGUGCUGCCAGCGCAGCAGCAGCAGCAGCAGCCGCUGCAGCAGCAGCAGCUGCAGCUGCUGCAGCUGCAGCAGCAGCAGUUGCUGCAGCGCUUGGAGGAGCUCGAGCAGCAAAGCGCAGCAGACAGGGCUUACAUGGAGCAGCAGCUGGGAGUCAUCUUUGAGUUUACAGAAGCUUGUGCUGCUGCUGCUGUUGCGGGGCUGCAUGCAGAAGUGGCAGCUUUGACUGAGGAUGUGGCUGCUGUGCUGCAGCAGGACGAGCGGCUUGCUGCUGCUGCUGCUGCUGCGCUGCAGCAGGUCGUGCUGCUGCUGGGGGACCGCCCCUCCAUGCAAGAAGUGCUUGCGGAUGCGCAGAAGGCGUUGGAGGUUGUGCUGCAGCCGGCGCUGCUGCAGCUGCAGCAGCAGCAGCAGCAGCUGCAGCAGCAGCGGCUGCAGGUGCUGCAGCGCCUCAAAAGCACCCGCAGAAGGCUCACGCUGCUCACAGAGACAGCAGCAGGAAUAGCCAAAGCAGCAGCAGAUGGGGAGGCCCCCCUGGGGGGCCCCCUCUGCAGUUUGCUGCUGCAGCAGUGGCAGCAGCUGCAGCCCCCGGACUUCUUGGGAAGGCUGCUGCUGGCCAGGCAGCUGCAGCACGAGCAGGUCUUAGAAAGCAUGCGGUCUUUGGUGAAAGCAGCACAAGCUUUUUUGGCUUUCGACGCGCCAGCAGCAGCAGCAGCAGCAGCAGCAGCAGCAGACAAGGACCGCCGGCACAAGGGCUCCAAGCAGACGCCCCACAGCCAGCUGCACCUGCAGCUCGAGCUGCAGCAGCAGCUGCAGCAGCUGCAGCAGCUGCAGCAGCUGCAGCAGCAGCAGCAGCAGACCAACGCCUUCGGGGGCCUCCUUUUAAACCCCCAAACUGAAAAAGUAGACCAGCUGCUGGCAGCAGCAGCAACUUUGCGCAAAGCUGCGCUGCAGCUAGCAGCAGCACUUCACAGGGCUGUGGGGCCCCUGCAGCAGCACGGGGGCCCCCUGGGGGCCCCCCCCGUGUCUGCUGCGGGGCCCCUCACUCAGGAGGCGCUGCUGCAGGUGCAGCAGCUGGGGUUUGUCGAGACUAUGAGGGAGCUGCAGCAGCAGCUGCUGCUGCAGUCGCAGCGGCUCACUGCAGCAACAACCAAACUAGACGCAACAGCAGCAGCGCAGCGCGCUGCUGCUGAAGCAGCAGCAACAGCAGCAGCAGCAGCGAGGCUCUGGGGGGUCGACACAGAGGCGUGGCAGCGAGCGCUGCAGCAGCAGCAGCAGCAGCAGCGGCGGCAGCAGCGGCAGCAGCAGCAGCAGCAGCAGCGGGAGCUAAAUUUGGAGGAGGAGGAGGAGGGCUACAGUAGCUUGGCUGAGACAGAAGCAGCAGCAGCAGCUGCUGCUGCUGCUGCGACAGGUGCAGCAGCAGCAAACAGGGAGUCAACUCUAGAGGACGAAGACGAGCCCCUAGAAGGCCCCGGGAGAAGUGCAGAUUUGCAAGACAGCGCUGAUGCUGCUGCUGCUGCUGCUGCUGCUGCUGCUGCACCGGUUUCAGCAGUAGCUGGUGUGCCGUCGGACGCAGCAGCAGCAGCAGCAGCAGCAGCAGCAGAGGAAGCAGCAGCUCUGCUGCAGCGCAGCCUGUCGCUGUGUCUGCUGGAGGUGCGGGGCUUGAUGGAAGCUGGCAGCUCCAUGUAUAUGAAGGCGCAGCAGCUGCUUGCUGCUGCUGUUGCUGCUGCUGCUGCUCGAGACCAAAUGGACUUGCUGCUCUUCAGACAAAGAGAAAUAAAAGAAAGAAAUGUGGCAGCUGAAGGAAUUCGGGAGCAGCUGCGACAAGAGCUCCGGCGGCAGGCAGCAAGCACAGCGAAACUGGCAGCAGCAGCAGCAGCAGCAGCAGCAGCAGCAGGCCAGCCCACAGGGGCCCCAAACUACUGA